AUGGCAUCUACAUCUCCUAGGGCCAAAGAUCCCAUAAACUCGCCUGUGGAGGAAAGCCGCUCACCUGCGGCCUAUGCCAGAGCCGUUGUGCGCGCAGCCAAAGCGCAGGCACCCCGUGAUGGACGAGGCGGCGAUACGGAGAUCGAUGAAGAGGAGGAAACGCCUCCAGCUGCCGCACCAGUCCAGACAGAUGUUGAGGUCAAAGCAUCCUCUCCGCGAACGCAGCUGCACACGGUUUAUGUUGACACCAUCCAGCCCAAGAGGCUGGUCGAGGUCAGCAAAGCUUCCGAAGCUGGUGAGAGGUGCAUGGUCCUGCACAACUUCAUCAUCGCCAGGAUCUGUGAUGUCAGUGGCGCUGAUGCAACACAGGCCAAAGAUUUGGUCGUGACAAAGUGUUGCUGUUGCGGACACGUCUUUCCGAUGCCCACCUCGCCGAUCCGAGCCCUGAAGCGACAGCGCAAGGUGUGGCCCUGUGGACAUUGGUUGUUCAGGCGCGAGAACGUGCUUUUUGCCAAACAGAGCUUGGGCUCCCAUACUCUUUUACUGCUGAAAGUGUUGGCAGAAGUCAUGCGCUUGACCAUUCCUGUGCCAGUUGCUGAAAAUCUGGAAGCGCGCGAAAGAGCGCAGAAGCGUUUGGAUGCGUUGAGAGAGGAGUAG